AUACAAAUUAUAUGGGUAAAAAGGAAACUAGUCUCCGACGCAGAGGAUAAGGGUGAGCCUUGCCUCCUGCCUUCUUACCCCUUCUUCACCACAGCAUAGCGUAGACAGACAGACAGACAUGGCUCAAUCACUCGCUACACCCGUAGCACCUUCUCUCUCUCUCAUCUCCAGCGGAUUAUCACCCUUCAAAUCCACCUCAAAUUCUCUCUCAUUCUCCACUUUCAGUUCUCCCAAGGUUGGUGGGUUGAGCAUACGAUGUGCCCGUGUUGGAGGAGUGGAGAUACCUAACAACAAGAGAGUCCAGUACUCGCUACAGUACAUACAUGGAAUAGGGCGUACCAGAGCACUUGAAAUCCUGAAUGACCUCAAAAUGGAGAACAAAAUCACCAAGGAUUUGACUGAAGAUGAGCUUAUUGUUCUCCGUGAUGAAGUCUCCAAGUACAUGAUUGAAGGAGACCUUAGGCGAUUUAACGCGCUUGCAAUCAGGAGAUUGAAAGAAAUUCAGUGCUACCGAGGCAUACGCCACAUUCAGGGACUGCCUUGUAGAGGACAGCGCACGAAGAACAAUUGCAGGACUUUGAAAGGCAAGAAGGUUGCAAUUGCUGGCAAAAAGAAGGCCCCUCGUUAGGCUUCUCGGUUUGUUAAAAGCUCUUGUUUGAUGUAGAUUUACCAUGAUCUUUGUUGAAAUUUAACUACAUUUUGUGUUCAAUCAUCAGGUAUUAUUCAAUUUAUAAUUGCACCACAACUUGCAUGUUA